GCUGGGGAGGAGAAUGGGAGCGCGGGGCCACGGGGCGCCGCGGGGUGUCACGGCCGCGGCGGAGCCAGCGAGGCGUGGGGCCAGCGCCCGCCGCUUUUAAAACCCGGGCGGGCGGGCGGAUUGACCAGCGCUCGGGGCGCCCGGGGUGGCGGCCGAAUGGAGAGGAAGAGCUCGGCGGCCGGGGCCAAGGGGAACCCGAGCCCGCCCGUGGUCGGUGAGGGGCAGCGGCCGCCGCCGCCACAGUGCGUCCCCGGAGGUGGUGGAGGGACUCCGGCGCGGGGCCCGGCUGGGGCGGCGGCCGAGCCCGCGGAGCUCAUCCGGCGCGCACACGAGUUCAAGAGCCAAGGGGCGCAGUGCUACAAGGACAAGAAAUUCCGCGAAGCCAUCGGCAAAUACCACCGGGCGCUGCUGGAGCUCAAGGGCUUGAUGCCACCUCCCGGGGAGCGGGAGCGGGAUUCGCGCCCAGCCUCGCCGGCUGGAGCCUCCAAACCCGGCCGCCUUUCGGAGGAGCAGAGCAAGACGGUGGAAGCCAUCGAGAUCGACUGCUACAACAGCUUGGCAGCCUGCCUGCUCCAGGCGGAGCUGGUAAACUAUGAGCGAGUCAAGGAGUACUGCCUCAAGGUUCUGAAGAAGGAAGGGGAGAACUUCAAGGCCCUUUACCGGUCUGGGGUGGCUUUCUACCACCUUGGGGACUAUGACAAAGCGCUCUACUACUUGAAAGAAGCCAGGACUCGACAACCCACAGACACCAAUGUGAUUCGGUACAUCCAGCUGACCGAGAUGAAGCUCAGCAGAUGCUCCCAAAGGGAGAAAGAAGCCAUGUAACCAGGAGCCCUCUCCGGAGCCGCGCCCAUGCCUGACCGGGGACUCCAGGCCCCCGUGGUGGAGAGCCUCACCCUGGGUUCUGUCCCUUUCUUCCCACUUCUUCAGGCACCUUCUUCCUCCUCCUGUUGCUCCCCAACACUGUGUCUACUCCCAGUGCGAAAAGAAGGUGAGCAGCUCAACUGGAAGAUGGUGGCUGCUCAGACAUGGAGCCAUCUUCUUCUGUUGUAGGUCAGUGCCUGAGGCAGGCCUUGCUUCCGUUGGGACGGCUGGGGAGGAGUCUCACAGUCUGGGGAUGGAAAUGGGGCCUGGACUUGGACCAGUGCUUCUGACAGGCAGCACACAUGAUGCCCACGGACUGGAUCCUUCUACACCUUCCUGAUACGCCAGAGCAUCUUGAGGCAACUGGAACAAAUCCAGGGAUGAGACAAACAACCUGAAGCAUGGAUGAAGCCAACAUAGAGACUGUGAACUUGUACACUGGAGUCCCCCACUCUCCCCAGUCACCUUAGUCCCUGCCGCCCCCUCCCUCCCUUGGCUUGGCUUGUGCUUUCUUCUCUCCCUCUCAGGGAUCUGAGUCUCUGCCAGGAUUCACAUGCCAUCGAGGCCCACUCUGAGGGCCCUCUGGUGACCACACAUACCAUUCCCCGCCUCCAGCCAGCAGGCAGCUGGGCCAAGGGUAGGGGCAGGGCAGGCUGUGUAGGGGAUGGGAUAGGGAGAUGAGGCCGAAGGCUAGUGACGGGACUGUGGAACAUUCAGUAUACAUAAAAACAAAUCCACACGCAGCAGUUGCUGUCAUUUCUGUUGGAAGCAGUCCACUCCCAAACCUCAGUCGGAGCUGCUUGUAGCCAGGCAGAACAGGGCUUUUCCCAAAGCCAUUCGCCAUUUGUCCAGCUCUGUACACCAUGUCAGCUGCAGCCUUUGUACUCUAAAGAGCGGGGCUGAGAUUGUGGAGACUGGCCCUAGGGCUUGGCUGUGUGGAAACUUGUAUAGCUUCUUUAGGAUGAAACUAUCUGAACUUAAUGUCUAGCCCGUAGAACGUAUUCAACAAAAAUGUGUUGAAUGAAUCUAUUAUGACUGCAGACUGACUUUCCUGCCUUAAACUAAUUUUAUCCCAGCCUAGUCUCCUGAUAUCUAGCCUUCCUCAUGCUAUGCUGUGUUGCUUCAGUCAAACAAGAAACAUUCACUGAGGGCUUACUGCUCACCCAUUGUAGUGCAAUAUGCUGUGGGACACAUGAUACAGUCCCAAUCUUUGAGGAGAUGGAGAAGUUGAGACAUGCUUAUGGAUUAUUACCAAUGACCUUGCUAAUUUAUAUGAUGCUUAAACAUUUUCAAAGCACUUUCAUGUAUUUUUCGUGUGGUUAGUGACACAAUAUUGUAUAAAACUAAGAUAUAAGCAGAUGCAAUAAUGUUAAUAGUUAGGAUUUAUUAAAUGCACUAUCUUCAGAUCUUUACAUGGAAACUCUCGUUUCUUUCAUAUGAUGACUACUCUGUGAGAUAC